AUGAAAGAAACUAAAAUUAGUCAAAGUUCUCUGUUUCCAAGGAUUUCGCAUAACAAGAUGGCAAGUCAGCAUGUAUCAAACUAAGAUAACGAGCAGAGUCUUAAUUACAGAAUGAAGGUAGGCAGAUAUCACCUUAAAUUGAUUACUAAUACAAGGAUGAUGGAAUGUAUCUUAAGACAGAGUUUCCUGAUUUAUACGAUAAUGAUACGGAUUAUAAAAGCAUUUCCCCAACUAAAUUGUUUCCAGGGAAGAAAAUAUAUUUGCCUAACCCCUGAAAAGAUUACCUAUGAGCUUCAAACUUUCAAGAAUUCUUUGGAAAAGAACAUCAGCUUAAUGAGAUUUCUUAUAAAGUUAAGGUUGAGACGUCAAAUUACUAAUAAUCCAUUUGUGAUCUAAAAUCAAGACUUUACACAAAUAACAGAGCAGAGAUUUUAAAACAGGAAAAAUGUUUAAGACUUUGACGAAUAAUAUGAUGAGGAAAGAAAUUUAUUUAAAAGAAAAGAUAUUGAAACCCCGAAGGGAAAAGUAUCUGAGUAUUUAAAGAAACCUGAUUUCGAUUAUUACAGAUAGGAGAAAGAGUAUGAUCUCUCUAGAAUGAAAAAUAUAAUUAAGAAAAAUGCAUAGAAUGAAAUAGUAAUGAAUGAAAUUAAUGGACACGAACCAAGAGAAACCAAAUUAGCGCAGGGUGAUUAUGGAUCAAAGUUUGCUUUUUCAUUUCAAAAUUUGGCUUAAAAAUUUAGAGAGCAAAUAGGAAUAGAUGAUCAAUAUAUAGAGGAUAAGAUAAGAGUUAUUUAGCAUGAAAGAGCUUAAAAAUAGAGGGCAAUUAUUGCUUAGUAAGAGCUUGAAUAAAAAAUAAGAGAGGAGUAAGAGCUUAAUGAUUUGAGUGAUCCUACAAAGGCGAAUGUUGGUUAGGUCUUUGCAAAUUCUAACUUCAGAUAAAUUAGAGCUGAAAAAUAAAAAUAAUUUGAAAAAUAGUAGAUCUCAAAAGGUAUUAUUUGCAAAGCAAUUAGAGAAAUGCGAGCAAGAUUUCACAAGCUUAUUUAGAAAGCUAUACUAAGUUUCUGUGUAAAGAUAUAUUUCAGAACUGGAUUUAAGAUUCAUCAAUUCAAUAAAGAUUUGCAUGAAUUAAAGUAAAAGAGAGCAGUUUAAAAUGCUAUGAAAAAAAUUAGAUUUGGUUAGGAAAUAGCUACUAUUCCUAAAAUUAAUCUUAAUGGGAGAGUAAAAAUAAAUUUGAACAAAACACCUUCUCCGAAUCCUCAAAUCUUCAUUAAUUAGAAUUCUAAACCAGAUUUCCCAAUAGAUUUUCUUAACUAAGAUUAAAAUUAAAUGCCAUAAAAACAAGUCAUUGACCUAACAAAAGUAACAAAAAAGAGAGGACGAAAGAGUCCACAGUUAAAUGAGCUUGAGGUACCUAAGUUAAGAGAUUACUCCAGAUAUCUAAAAGAAUAUGUUAAUAACACUAGUUCUAUACUCAAGGGAGGUCUGACUAGAGCAGGGAAGAAUAUGGUACUUGAUUAGCAUUCUAAGGAGCUCUUGAGAAAGAAGUAUGAGUCCUUGAAGCAUAAACUACCUAAUAGUGAACUAGAGCAAAGAUUUUAAUCUUUGCAUAAAACAAAUGAGACUUAAUAGAAAUACGAUGAAAAUGAUGAAUUAUUAGAGGAAAUCUUGAGUACUUUAAGAGAUGAAAAUACUCACAGAUUUGUAAUGGAGCUUGGACCAUAACAAGAAGAGAGAAAUGGAAUAUAUUCAAUAAUGCUAGAUCCUGAUAAGAAGAAAAAAGAGCUCUAGAGAAAAUUAUAAGAGAAGAAGGAGCAAUAAGAGUAAUUAAAUCUUUAAAAAUAAAGAGAAGAACAUAAAAUGAAAAUUAAGUAAGAUUGGAUUAGGCGUAAAAACCUUAUAUCAUAAAAAACUAACAAGUCACCUAUAAAUCACUAAUCUCCUAUAAAGCAGCCUUAGACUCCAAUAAUAUCUACUGUAUAAGAACCAAUCAAAUAGACUUAAUGA